AUGACUUUUGUGCCGUCUUGGAUUUUUGUUGCAAUCUCCUACCUCACUUGUCCUACAGGGUUUAUUAAAGCUGAGCUACAGGCGGGGAAGGAACAGUGGAACAGCAGGUCCGUCUUACAAGAGGCCACCAAACCUCAGCGAUUAAUCCACAGUGUUCACUCAGGAAAGGAAAUCAAACACAGCCGAUUGAACACUAGGGUCCGGAACAACAGCACAGUCUCUCAUUUUAUUCACCUUGCACAAGUGAGCUUCCUGAUAGAAGUAUUCGGUUCAUCCUUCAUUUUGGACCUAGAUUUGAACCAUGAUUUGCUAUCAGCGCAUUACAUUGAAAGGCAUUUCAAGGAUGAAGGAAAGACUACACAGACUUUGGGCAGUGAACAUUGUUACUACCAUGGAAAAAUCAGAGGAAACUCCAACUCUUUUGUGGCUAUGUCAACAUGUCGUGGACUGAAUGGUGUGUUUAAUGAUGGAAACUUCACUUACAUUAUUGAAGUUAUGGGCAGUAAAACUGAUCAGCAUGAUCAACAACCCUAUAUUGUAUACAGAUCUCCUGGCUUUCAGAUCCCUGUGGGAUGUACAUCAUCCGGGUGCUUUACUGAUGACAACAUGCAACAGAACUCUCCUCCAGGAGUCCCAAGGACACGAACCAAACGACAGGUACAUCGAGGCCCUCACACUGUUCUGAGAGAAACCAAGUACAUUGAGCUGAUGGUUGUCAAUGACUACACCCUGUUCACAAAGCGACACUAUUCUGCUACACUUACAAGCAAUUUUGCCAAAUCGGUUGUGAAUCUUGCUGAUGCUAUUUACAAAGAACAAUUGAAUACACGGGUUGUGCUGGUUGCUAUGGAAACUUGGGCAUCUGGAGACAAAAUAAAUAUCAAUGAAAAUCCACUGGUGACGCUCAGAGAUUUCAUGAAGUACCGAAGAAACUCUGUCAGAGAAAACAGUGACGCCUUUCACAUGCUUUCAGGCCGGACAUUUGAGUGUAGUCACAGCGCAACAGCCUACAUUGGAGGAAUGUGCUCUUUAUCAAAAGCAGGAGGGAUUAACGAGUAUGGAAAUUUGGGUACAAUGGCUGUCGCACUUGCUCAGAGUUUGGGUCAAAACCUUGGAAUGAUGUGGAAUAAACAUCAUGCAGGAGCACGUGAGUGUUGGUGCCCCGAUGCCUGGUCUGGUUGUAUAAUGGACGAUAUGGGAUACUAUUUCCCGCAAAAAUUUUCAAGAUGCAGCACAAAUGAAUACAGACAGUUUCUGCAGGCUGGAGGUGGCACCUGUCUUUUCAAUAAACCUCACAAGCUAAUUGAUCCCCAAGAAUGUGGAAAUGGGUUUGUGGAAACAGGAGAAGAAUGUGACUGUGGCUCUGAAACUGAAUGUGACAAAGUCGGUGGUAAAUGCUGCAAGAAGUGUACCCUUACCCACAAUGCAAUGUGCAGUAAUGGACUCUGUUGCCGAAACUGUCAGUAUGAACCACGAGGUGUGAUUUGCAGGCAGGCAGUGAAUGACUGUGACAUUGCAGAGACAUGCCCAGGAGACUCCAGCCAGUGCCCUGGGAAUGUGCACAAACUGGAUGGCUACUAUUGUGACAAUGAACAGGGGCGUUGUUAUGGUGGAAGAUGCCAAACUAGAGACAAACAGUGCAAUUACAUCUGGGGUCGCGAUUCAGCAGAUCAAUUCUGUUAUGAAAAGCUGAAUGUUGAAGGAACCGAGAAGGGAAACUGCGGCAAAGAUGGCCAAAGCUGGCUUCAAUGCAGUAAGCAGGAUGUUCUUUGUGGUUAUCUUUUUUGUUCCAAUAUCACUCAGCCGCCAAGACGUGGGGACCUCAGUGGAGACAUUACUAGCAUGGUAUUAUACCAUCAGAACAAAUACAUAGAUUGCAGGGGAGGCCAUGUUAUACUGGAUGACAGGACCAGUCUUGGUUAUGUAGAAGAUGGCACUGCCUGUGGACCCAAAAUGAUGUGCCUCGAUCGCAAAUGCCUACCAAUACAAGCCUUCAACCUGAGCACCUGUCCACAGAGCUCAAGUGGAGAAGUUUGCUUUAACCAUGGGGUGUGCAGUAAUGAGGCAAAAUGUAUAUGUGUCCGUGACUGGACGGGGAAAGACUGCAGCGUCUUUGACCCAUACUUGGAACCAACUCCAGCAGGGAGUACUGAUGGACAGUACAAGGGAACAUUCGGAGAGGAAGAUCUGGAGGAGCAUAAAAUGCCUUUUGUCCGUAUAUGAUCCACUCUUUGCUCCAAUGAAACCAAUGUCUUCCGAUACUGAAGGAGCCAGACCUCUUCUGCGUUGCGGUUGCUAUGGAAUACGCCUGUAGGUAAACUUCAGGGCCUGGAAAAAGAAGGGAAAGUUGAACUGGUGCUUCAAAGAAAAGCUGAGGAAAACACUUGUGAACAUACAGAAAUCCAUGCUGUGUCUUUACCUUGUUUAGAGCUUUGGUGCAUGCUCCAGCCCAUGAGACCAAAAAUAGUAGUGUCAGGCUUUGGUAUGAUUGGGCACCAUUGGCUGCAAAUGGCUUUCCUUGUCUUGUUAUUUGCCUGCAUUCACGGAUCCCCUCUUAAAGUGAUAGACUUGCUGUCCCAAGGUGAAGUGGACAAUCAGUGCUUUGAUGUGUCAUCCCUUGCUCUUGUUGAAACAAGGCACAUAAACGCGGUUGAAAGUGCGCAUGACCUCUGGAAGUUCCUGAUAUACCUGAGGGAGCCUAAGAUACCCAAGCACAGAUUCCUCUUCUGGGAUUUGGCUCAGCUGUUCUGGGAUGUUUAUGUGGAUUGCGUGUUGGCAAGAACUCAUGGUCUGGGCAAAUGA